AUGGAAGAUUAUCAAGCACAACAACAAACUAAGGGCGAUAUGGGACGUCAUUCUUCAUCAACCGCGAACAGUUUUUACGAGGUUCUUGGCGUGGAAAAAACAGCUUCGCUACAAGAAAUUAAAAAGGCUUAUUACAAGUUAGCAUUGCGGUUACAUCCUGAUAAGAAUCCUGGCGUCAAGGUGAAUUUCUUACAUUUCAUUCAACUACAGGAUGCCAAAGAGAAAUUUCAGUAUCUUCAGAAAGUGAUUUCAGUUCUUGGGGAUGAGGAGAGAAGAGCCCUCUAUGAUCAAACUGGCUGUGUAGAUGAUGCUACAACUGACCUUGCAGGGGGUGAUAUUAAUGACUUAAAACAGUUCUUUCAGUCUAUGUACAAGAAGGUGAAUGAUUCUGAUAUAGAAGAAUUUGAAGCAAAUUAUAAAGGAUCCUUGUCAGAAAAGAAUGAUUUGUUUAACCUUUACAAGCAGAACAAGGGUAACAUGAACAGGCUUUUCUGUUCCAUGUUGUGCUCAGACACUAGGCUGGAUUCUCACCGGUUUAAAGAUCUUAUUGAUGAUGCAAUUGCAGCAGGAGAAUUGAAGUCAACUAAAGCAUAUCAAACAUGGGCUAAGCAAGUAUCUAAGAUAGAACCAACUGCAAGACCUCUAAGAUGCCAAGAGAAAUCAAAGAAAGAUUCGGAAGAUUUAUAUGCAAUGAUUUCACAACGGAGGAGCGAAAAGAAAGAGAGGUUUGAUUCAUUGUUCUCAACGUUGUUAAGUAAAUACGGUGAUGGUGGUGGCGAGCCUCAUUCAGAACCUACUGAGGAAGAAUUUGAAGCUGCAAAGAAAAAGUUUGAACGUAAAAAGGCAACUGGAUAUUCAAAAAAGUAGUAAUGAUUUCUAGUCUUUGGACAUUAUGGUAAUGGAAUUUUUCUUCCUUCAAGUCCUGUUAAUUUAAGUAAAAGUGUUUUCAGGAAUGAACAUGAUAAGUGUAUGAUAAGUGUGUGCAAUAACUUAAACUCAAAUUUGAAUAUUUAAAUUUAUGUAUUAAAAAUACAAUGAUAAUUUAU